UCUAUUCCUCUGGACUGGAUAUUCUUUACCAGUCUCAGGUUUCUAUCAUCAGCUCGGUUUCAUUCUCCUGCCUGAUCAGUUACCAGAUCAAGAGACAAAUAUCGCCAAGAAGAGUCUCCUUUAGUCCUGUGCAGCAUCUUCUUGGCCGGCACUUUACACGUUCUCUUUCAUUAUUAGCAGUAAUUCUCUAUUCUAAUAUUCUGUACUAGAAUUCUUGAAAUUGCUUUUCACUACCUCUCGUCUGACAUGAAGCAACUCUAUGUUCUGCUCAUUGCUACUAUGACGCUCAUUCCCUACAAGGCAGAAACUUGUAGACACCUGCGUUCCUGUGAAAGCUGCACAGAAGGAGUGAAUGCAUUAAAUACCACCUGUAUGUGGGUCUCCUGCAGCGAAUCAGAAAACAGCAGUUGUGUCUCCACUGAGGAAUUCAUGGCUGAAUCUUGCAUAGUAUUUAACACAAGCAGCAAAUGUGAAGAUUUUCUGUCACCAUUCAUAAUUACUCCACUCUCCAUACCAGAAGUCCCACCUUCCAACACAUUGUCCCCCCCAGUUUUCCACACAGGCAGUUUUAUUGGAGGAGGACUACUCGUGAUCAUUUUACAGGCUAUUGGAUACUUUGUCUUGAAACGUCUGAAUGGACCAGAGAGAGAUUACCACACUAUGGAGGAAACUGCUCAGUGACAGAGAAAUUGACAUUUUUCACAUCAAGACCCUUUGUAUUUCUACAUCCAAAUUAAGAAGAGGUCAAUUUGGACAAUGGAUUAGAAGCAGAAUAAUACACACACACAUAUGCAUAUGUGUAUAAACAA